AUUUGGAAAUUGUUCUGGUUCCUCCUUACUUCCUUCUAUUCGUUGGACCAGAAAUUCAUACAGACCUUUACGAAGGAAUUCACCAGGUCUGACGACGAACUUAUUUAGACCAGCCAAAAUAAUUGGCAGCCAGGGACACAGGACUUCAACCUCCCUGCAGAAAAUCCCUGACAUCUGACGUAGGAGGAUUUAUAGGUUUAGUGGAAAUUGCUUUCUCCUGCUCUCCAGAUUACAGACCGUGGGUUGAUUUUUUUUUUUUUCUGUGAAUAAACAUCUUUCUAAUAAUGAACGGACCGAUAAUGUCUUAAGAGAGAAAAAGAACAUCCUUUGCCUUUUCCUUCUUUUUUUUUUCCGCUGUUUCUUCAGAGAACUGUUUGGAUUUGGAAACCCGUGUUGGCCGCCCAGAAUAUGAAAGUUGGCGUUUUCUUUUUGUGGUGGGCGUGGGUUUUGCCUACUGAAAGCAGAGUGCUCUGGCGGAAAAGAGACACACAGGAGAUGUCGAAAAAAGGCAGCCCAAUUCUUAAACGAAGCCCUGAUAUUACGAAAUCGCCACUAACAAAGUCAGAGCAGCUUCUGAGGAUAGAGGACCACGAUUUCAGCAUGAGGCCUGGCUUUGGAGGGCCGGCCAUUCCUGUGGGCGUGGACGUGCAGGUGGAAAGCUUGGACAGCAUCUCGGAGGUGGACAUGGACUUCACGAUGACGCUCUACCUGCGGCAUUACUGGAAGGACGAGCGGCUCUCCUUCCCGAGCACCAACAACCUCAGCAUGACCUUUGACGGCCGGCUGGUGAAGAAGAUCUGGGUCCCCGACAUGUUCUUCGUGCACUCCAAGCGCUCCUUCAUCCACGACACCACCACAGACAACGUGAUGCUUCGGGUCCAGCCCGACGGCAAAGUGCUCUACAGCCUCAGGGUUACAGUGACUGCCAUGUGCAACAUGGACUUCAGCCGGUUCCCCCUGGACACACAAACGUGCUCGCUUGAAAUUGAGAGCUAUGCCUACACGGAAGAUGACCUCAUGCUCUAUUGGAAGAAAGGCAAUGACUCCUUAAAGACAGAUGAGCGGAUCUCCCUCUCCCAGUUCCUCAUCCAGGAAUUCCACACCACCACGAAGCUGGCCUUCUAUAGCAGCACAGGCUGGUACAACCGUCUGUACAUCAACUUCACACUGCGUCGCCACAUCUUCUUCUUCUUGCUCCAAACCUACUUUCCCGCCACCCUGAUGGUCAUGCUGUCCUGGGUGUCCUUCUGGAUCGACCGCAGAGCCGUGCCCGCCAGAGUCCCUCUGGGGAUCACCACGGUGCUGACCAUGUCCACCAUCAUCACGGGCGUGAACGCCUCCAUGCCCCGCGUGUCCUACAUCAAGGCCGUGGACAUCUACCUCUGGGUCAGCUUCGUCUUCGUGUUCCUCUCGGUGCUGGAGUACGCGGCCGUCAACUACCUGACCACCGUGCAGGAGCGCAAGGCGCGGAAGCCGCAGGAGAAGCUUCCCUGCGCCUGCGGGUUGCCUCAGCCACGCGCGGUCCUCCUGGACGGCAGCUACAGUGACGGGGAGGUGAACGACCUGGGCAACUACACCCCGGAGAACGGAGACAAGCCCGACAGGAUGAUGGUGCAGCUGACGCUGGCCUCGGAGAGGAGCUCCCCGCGGAGGAAAAGCCAGAGGAGCAGCUACGUGAGCAUGAGGAUUGACACCCACGCCAUCGAUAAAUACUCGAGGAUCAUUUUUCCAGCUGCGUACAUCUUGUUCAAUUUAAUAUACUGGUCGAUUUUCUCAUAAAUGCCUGUAAUUCUAUACCUUUCACAUUCUUCUGUAUGUACAACAGAAAUAAUUGAAUGGUGAGACAUAAUUUAAGGUUAUGAUGAAAAGAAAGUUCCCAGUACCCGCCCUUCUCCAGCUUUCCAAAACUACACUGACAAGGCACUUACUGGUUUAAUCUACACUUAUUAACCGCUUAUUGUAUACACAGCAUUAUACUCGGUACUGCGGGUACAGAGACACCCGUAGCAACUGAUGAUAGCUGUUACUGGGAUCUCUUAGAAAAGCGCACUGCUUUGCUAAGAGAAAAGGCGCACUGGGGUGGGGUGGGCACUCUGUAGUUCAACCUCUUUUAGACUCUAGACACUUAUUCAUGUGAA